AGGUGUCGGCGGCCAUGGCGGACGGGGCGGGUAGCAACGGGGACGCCGCGGGGCUGCCGGUGGGCAAGGAGGCAGUGGAGCGCCUGAUCCGGGAGAACGGGCACAUCUUCACCGAGGCGCAGUGCAAAGUGUGCAGCGCGCUGCUCAUCUCCGAGUCCCAGAGGCUGGCCCACUACCAGAGCAAGAAGCACGCCAACAAGGUGAGGCGGUACCUGUCCAUCCACGGCGCGGAGGAGCUCGCCCACGGGAAGAAGAUGAAGCUGGAUGCGAAGCAGGACAGCAAGCAGGAAGGCAGCAAUGGGGAAGACAGGAACAAGUGUUGUCCCAUCUGCAACAUGACCUUUUCUUCUCCGGCUGUGGCAACAUCUCACUACUUGGGCAAGACUCAUGCCAAGAACAUGAAGCAGCAGUCACUCAAAGUGGAAGAAGCGGUGCCCCCACAGAAACAUCCUACUGCCCUCCCAACCUCUACCGUGUCUUCUGGCGAAGAGAACAAGGACAUUACUGACCCAGACAAGUUCUGUAGCCUCUGCCAUGCCACUUUCAACAACCCCCUUAUGGCAAAACAGCAUUAUGUAGGCAAGAAGCACAGAAAGCAAGAGACCAAACACAAGCUGAUGGCACAUUACGGCCGAACCCCUGAUGCACCGGCAUCGUCCUUCAUGGCAGCCUUCUGUUGGACCAGGAAGUCUAGUACCUGCUGGAUGCUUGAGGCCACCUUUAGAUACCGGUAGCACUUCUGAGAAAUGAGACUCAAUUAUCCAAGUAAUGUUCUCUCCCACAUCACGUAGUCGUGUGGGAGAAGAAAAAGGUACUUGGUAUCUCACACUACCCAUCUGCUCUUUACCUAAUUAGUGGGGUCUGAUGAAUGGUUCCCCUUCAGUGUGACUCAGGCAGUGGCAGGAGCCCCAGGCAGGGUGGUAGGCGGGCAGUGCCUUUGCCUGGGUGAGUGACAUCUCCCGUGAAGUCCCACAGAGUUGGGGUCCCUAAGGACACAUCUCUGUGGCCUUGAGGCUGUUCAGGUGAGGAUUUGGAGCCUGGGCUGUGAUCAGGGGUGCUGUGACAGCAGUCAGGGGUGUUUUCUCCUGCUGGCUUUGCCUGGCCGUGAGUGCUAACAGCUAUGCCUGUCCCUCAGCUCCGCUCUGCUGGGAUCUGGCUGGCUACAGGUAAAGAUGUGUUCUCUUUGGUGCAGCACUGAGGUGUUUGUCUGCUGGGAACCACUGGUUUAGGGUGCAGGAGUGCAGUUUGGACAGCUUUGCAGACACACUUUUUUGCUGGGUUUGCCACAGAGGCCAUCUUGACCUGGAUGGUGCAGGAGGGCAGACCUGAGGGCUGUAACGGCUUCUCUCACCUCUCCCACCCACACCCAGCUCUGUUCUGAGAGCUGAAUGUCCCACUGGAGCCUGAAGUGUCCCCAAGGGACAGCAGCCAGGUGGGAAAGUGCCUGCUACAUCACACUCUCGCUCAGUGAUUACACUGCUCUGCACCCCUGGAGUCUUCCCUUUCACCUUAGGGAAAUGUUUUUCCUGUGAGGCUCCCAGGCAGAGCCCUUCCCCAAAAGUUCAGGAGCAUUUAAUGUCUUGAGGACAACUGCCAGGAUUCUCCUGUGCUGAGCUGUGCCACCAUGCUUGCCUCUUUGCUAUCUGUGACCUCCUGACCUUUCAUUCCAGCUGGAGUUGUCAUCUUACACAAACCCAUCGAUCUGUCUAGCACAACUAUUGUUGCAAACUCAUAUUUUUUUGGCAGUUAACUGCAACCAAACUGCUUGAGCGUAGAGCUUAAUACUCUCAGCUGUCACCUCAGCAAGGCUUAGCAGAAUGCUGCAUUGUGGAACUGGACAUUGUGUGGAGUCUCCUCUGGCUGCCUUUUAUUUUUUUACUGGAACACUACAAGUUUACACAUUAAGUAUGUCCCUCAUUUUCUCUAAAGAGACCUACAGAUCAGGAGGAGUGAGAAUUUCCGUGAGAAAUAGAGUUACAAUGGCAGUCUAACAUCAGGUUUGGUGUCCUGAUGCUGGGAGUUUUACUGUGUCUGCUCCUGUGAACUGUUUAGAGGAAGUGUGUCUGUUUUUGUAGAUAAACUCAUGCUCUGGCCAGGAAAGCUUUUCUGGCUCAGUAGUUCCCUGGCAGUGACUGGCUGAUACAUGCUGGAGUAGUGGGAUUCUGAAACCUCCCUGCCUGCUCAGACUAUUGACUUGCUGUUUGUCUUUGUUUAGGGGUUGUUUAACACAUCAAGUGAUUGAUUAUCUAGCUUGUUCCUACCUCAGGCACCAAGUUGUUGGCUAGCUGUGUGUGCUAACAUUGC